AUGAUAUGUGCACGUAUAAUACAAGUUAUGAGGAUGGACCCUUCAAUCAAAGUGAAGGUCAUUAUUGCUCAGAUUCAGGCUUUGUAUAACUACACAAUUAGUUAUAGAAAAGCUUGGUUGGGAAAAAAUAAGGCAAUCGAACAAAUUUAUGGCAAUUGGGAAGAGUCUUACAAUCAAUUUCCACGAUGGUUAUUAGUUAUGCAAACGUUUGCUCCAAGAACCAUUAUUAAAAUGGAAACAAUCCCAACUUAUAAUGAACAUGGUUUCAUAAAUGGGAUGACAAUCUUUCAUAGACUAUUUUGGGCUUACGUUCCAUGCAUAUCUGCGUUUAAAUUUUGCAAACCAAUUGUACAAGUUGACGGAACUUGGUUAUACGGCAAGUAUAAUGGAACUCUAUUGGUAGCAGUUGCACAGGAUGGGAACGACAAUAUCAUUCUAAUUGCUUAUGCUCUUGUGGAAGAUAGACACAAAUCUAUCAAAAGUGCUUACAAUAAUCUCAAUAAUGGGUGGCAACAUCCUCCGUCAAAGCAUGUGUUUUGCGUCCGACAUAUUGAACAAAAUUUUGCAAGGGAAUUUAAGGAUAAUGCUUUGAAGAACAAGGUUAUUUCUAUGGGUUACUCAAUCAAUGAGUCUACAUAUCGAUACUACCGCAGAGAAAUUGGCAUCGUAAACCCAGAAGCUUUGAAAUGGUUAGACAAUAUACCGCGACAAGAUUGGAUUCAAGCAUUUGAUGGAGGUAGCCGUUGGGGUCAGAUGACCACCAACCUUGUGGAGUCGAUGAACGCAAUAUUAAAAGAACCACACAACCUUCCCAUCACUGCUUUGGUCCAAUCAACAUAUUAUAAAACAGGUACACUAUUUUCAACCAUGGCAAAACAACACGCAUCAAUUUUAGCUUCUGGUCAGAUAUACACAGAAAAAUGCAUGACUUUUAUGAAAUCGGAAAUACGUAAAUCAAAUAGUCAUAGAGUCGAUUGUUUUGAUCGAAGCAACCACACUUUCAUGGUCCACGAGACAGUAGUUCCAAAAGAAGGGCGACCAAUUGGUCAUUUCAGUAUAAAUCUUCCCAACAAGUGGUGCGAUUGUGGAAAAUAUCAAGCUAAACAUAUGCCUUGUUCACAUGUGAUAGCAGCAUGUUCUAGCAUCAAAUAUGAUUAUUGGAGCCUUAUAUCCGAAGUGUACAAGGUGGAAACAGUACUUAAAGUCUACAGUGAAGCGUUCCAACCGAUACCAAACGAAGGAUAUUGGCCACAAUAUGAAGGUGAAGUCGCAUCCCCAGGUUGCGACUUGCAACUGGGGCUAAAAAGUAGGGCAAUCUGUUUAACAAUGUCUCCACCACCAACACCAUUCACAGAUAUCAACAAAACCAAGGAAACAUGGAAAAUUGCUAUUCGAGUUGUUCAUGGAUAG